AUGAAGUUUCUCGGACUCGCCAUGUCGCUCACAGCGCUCUGCGGAGAGCUUGUAUCUACAUUUCCAAUUGCGCCACAGAAAGCCAGAGUCAAUGGAAGAAUUCUUCUUACAUCUUGUGGGGGUUCCUACGAUAAGAGCACCUCCAUCUGGGACUCAUUGUGGCGUUCACGUAUGGAACAUGAGGACUACCUCGACCCCAAGAAAGUACAAGCAUAUAUAAAUGCUUUCAAACAUCACAAGAGAAAUGAGCUGUUCGAGAACGCAAAUUCUAUGACCGAAGUAUAUUUUACGAUUCUCAUGGUGGAACCGGAAAUAGCUCGAGUCACUAAGGAGGAUUGCAGGGAGAUGGCGGAAAAGUCGACUCACUCUGUCAAGAAAGGAAGCAUUGAAAAGUGUACUGGUAGCGAGGAUCGCACUCAGGACCUUUUCAAAGACUUUGCCAACGGGCUCUCUGGUGCGACAGCCAAAACCGAGGAGGAACUUAUGAUGAAGAAUGAAAUUUGA